CCACUCGGCCUCCCCAAGCAUCCGUUCCUCCUACUUCCUCAUAAACCAGCGCAACAGGAUUUGACAUCAAGCCAGAGAGCAACGGCUGAAUUCCAAUUUCCGCUAUCGGUUUGGUGUUUCCUCCCAACAGGCUCACUUUUCUCGAACCCCAAGCAUGAAGUAAGUUGUGCGCCACCAUUUUUCCUUACCUGCAACAUUUUAUGAGUCAUCGCAGAUUGAGCGCCAUUAAAUUCAAGACACGGUUCCGUCCUCGGGCAAAACUGAAGGACUGGACAGCACCCAUCCUCGUCUCAUCUGACUGCAUUAUACCAUUCCACCCCCGUUGCAACCCAGACAUCGUUUGGGAAAUCGCCUUCUAUCUAGACCACGCUUCCCAACGUGCGCUAUGCUGCACGUCGCGCUUCACAUACCAAAUUUUGCAUGCAGUUCUUUGGAAACGCGUCGUCCUGGACAGCGCCGAGCGGCAACAAGUUGAACAACUCCAUCUCAUUCUUCGUUCCGGAAACCGAGGCAAGCUGGUGGAACGGUGUGAUAUACACUGUACGUUGGGCUUGAAAGAAUUUGCAAGGGUAAUGAUGUUUGCCCCACCUGUCGCAGGGCGCCAAGUCGGUGCCCUAGAAACUAUGAGCAAUCUUAGACAUCUAGGGUUGUUCACUGAUGAUUACACUUCGCUGGAAUUGGAUUUGGGAAACUGCAUCCUUCAUACGGCGCUGCACAUGAGCCCAAUGUUUCGACUCGAAUCCUUCGCGUCAGACGCACCUCCAAGUCCAUUCCUACAAGUCUUUCUUCUGACCCAACCGAGCAUCCGAAGAUUCGCGUACUUAAACGACAGCUACACGAUGAAAUUAUCCCGUGAUGCCCUUCCUUUACUUGAACGUCUCGAGGCCCGUUCAGACAGCAUCCUUGGGCUGUUGCGUGGGCGUUCGAACGUACAUGCCUUGAUGUUUACUGACAGGCAUGGUAUGUCCGUCUCGCAUAAUGUUCGGGCCCUCAUCGCUCGUUCCCAUUCGCGUUCGAGCCGUCCCAUUGAGCAUUUACACAUGCAAGUGAUUGGAUUCUCAAAGCGAGACUUUUCGAACGUCACGGCACUCAAACAUCUUCGUUCUCUCUAUAUUGGCACCGUCCAUUCCGAUUGGUUUCCCUCCUUCCAGCGGCUGUGGGGAUACAUUGGAAGACUAACGCUAUUAGAGUUCAUAUCUCUUGAACUCUUCGUGGACCCUUCGGCGGGUCUCGUGGAUGACGAACAUAUGUUACCCCAGAUGGAAACCUCCUAUUUGAGAUUGGUUAUGCGGCAGGAGAACAGCUGGCGGUAUUAUACGAGGACGAGGGGGGACUCAGAAUGGGUCAUCCAGGGGACCGGGGUGGGCGUGAGUCCAGCUCACGAUGAUGACCCACCUGAUUGGGGAAAAUGGAUCUUGUCGCCGCGGCCCAUUCGAAGAUGGUUCUAGCUCUCGGCUUAGUAUUUUCGCUCAACGUGGGAAUACAAGAGCAUAAUUCUGUCAAGGCAUUCGGAUGCAUGGUUGCGAAGUACUACACUCGUAUGUUCAUCAAUGGGCAGUCUCAGGGAUGCUUCACUUGUCGCAGGCCUAACUUAGAAUCGAGCAUAGCCUGUUGCAGUUGACCGCGUGUGGUAAUGGAAAUGAGUUGGGAAUAGAACCGCGGUCGCACACAGAGUGGAUCUCAGCCUGUGCGACCAUGACCAUCUGGUUGACCACCAGGGCUAUAGCUAGUCAAUCACAAUGGAUAGCUACACAUCAAUG